GUGUUUAGUCACUCGUGCUGGAUAUGGCGCUUGAAAUAAACAGCAUAGAUAGGAAUAUGUUAAAAUUGACAAACCGCGCAUAAUGAAAAGACACACUGCAGAAAAUAAAACGCCGACUGAAAGUAAAAGUUCUUCAAAUAAUGACAAAACAAAAACUAAGCAUUAUACUUCCGAAGCCGAGACUUUAAAAGACAAUGAGAAUUGCACAGGAAAAGAAAAUGCAUCAUCCAGUUUUUUCCUGGAUAGAAGAAAAGAAAGAAAUGUACCUUAUACUGCAAACGAUUCAGUACCAACAUCGAAUGAAUCAGUGAGCCAAAGUGAAAACGGAAGACAUUUUAAAAUAAUGCCAGAAAAACAAUCUUUUCGUGGCGUCAAAAAUAAAAGAGAUUCUACAACCGCGAAAGAAAAUUAUCGAUCGAGAAAUCCACCGGAUUCUUCCAAUUUUCGAACUGAACAAAUAUAUCAGAAUUCGCAAAAACUGGAUAUAGGGGAGAAAGGGAAGACCCGAACAAAGCCUCCUAAAGAAGCGGAUACAAUUCGAAACCUGGAUACACCAAAAAUGCGCCCUGAAACAGCGCCUUCGAACACGUGUAGGGAUAGACAACACCAACCACCGUCUGAUAAAACUGAACUUCUUGAUGUCCAUGGAUGCAGACCGAAGACCUCUUUCAAUAAAAACCGCAACAGUAAAUGGAAGGACAAAGCAGCCAAAAGGAUAGGCACUGUAAAAGGAGUCACAUCGGUGAUUCAACAGCUGCCCAUACAGUCAAACACAGAAGAGAAAAAAACUAACCACGCAUGUGCAACAAAAGCUCACACAAUUCAAAACAACACACGCCCGAAAACGGUACAAUCAGACACGUAUAGAGAAAGACAUAUUUUACAACCGUCAGAUAAAACCGAUCCUCGUUAUGUCAAUGGAUGCAGACCAAAGACCUCUUACAAUCAAAAUCUUAAAGGUCAUUGGACGGACAAGGCUGCCAAACAGGUAAGCAUUGGAAAAAGAGCUACACCUGGGAUUAAACAGGUGCCCAAAACACAACAUAACUUAGGUAAGCAUAGUAAACAAUCAGAAAAAGACGUAUUAAACCAUAAACAAAAGGACAGAGCCAGCAAUCCAAAAACAGCAAGGAGUAUGAAUUCAAAAGAUAUAAGUAUGCAAACGCUAAAGCGACUUCUUAAAGAACAUCCACCACAGGUAAGCUUUGAAUUAACCUCUUCCGAAGAUAAUCUCGUCGAUGCAGUUCAAAACUCUGCAGAGCAAACAGAAUAUCUUGAAGUGUUCUUAGAAGUAAUUGCACAUGCUUUCACAAGUCAGUCCAGUACACUAACAAUGUUGUUUGAGGUACUUAUGAAGGAAAAUUUCUUUACAACUGUACAGGACUACCUUCUCGACACCUUUUCACACUUUCAAGAUGAUUCAGGUUCAGUAAAACAUGCGGUUAAACUUACAAGAGCAGCAAUCAACACUUUCACAAUUAUCUGGGAGCAAACCGCCAGAAGCCUUCUAUCAUAUCGCCAAUUCUCACGUGUUUUCACAGUAGUUAAACAGGUAAUAGAGAUACCCCAACUAUCGAUGGAAAUCCCCAAAAGAGUACAUGAUGAUUGUGUAGAAUAUUCAGAACGGAAGAGGCAGUUCGAAAGAGCUAACAGAUUUAAGGACACAUCACAAUCCGAUCAACCACCCGACGAUUUCAGAAUGAUACCUGUAUUGCCAACGAACGACGAAAUUAAGGGUUUCAUACAACCUUUUCUGCGUAAAAAUGUGACAGAUGGGGACUAUAUGGACUUAGAUCAUUACCUGGAUGUUCAGUUUCGUCUUUUGCGAGAGGAUUAUGUUGGACCACUCCGGGAAGGUAUUAUUCAAUAUGAUACACAACUCAAAGAUAGAUCUACCACAAGGCAAGGUAAACAGAAUUCUGAUUUGAAAAUGUAUGAACGCGUAAGAGUCCUCUCGCCUGUGAUUUCAGACCAAGGAUUGUGUUACAACAUGAAGCUAGCCAUGACACAACGGUUACAAAGAAUUGACUGGAAAUCUGGAAAACGCUUGAAAUUUGGUUCUCUUGUUUGCUUGUCUGAAGAUGAGUUUGACACAAUGUAUUUAGCAACCGUUAUUGACAGCGAGAAGAUUGGUCAAGGGCAGUUCGUUGUACGUUUUGAAGAUGACAUUAAACUUGUCAAUUUAAUUCAUCGACAAUUCAAAAUGGCUGAAACACCAGCAUACUUUGAAUCGUACAAACACGUCCUAGCAGGAAUACAGACAUUUCGAGAUGGAGACCUUCCCUUUGAGAAACACAUUGUGUAUUGCGAGAAAUUAAUCAAACCACCGCUUUACGUAAGUGAGCAAACUACUUACGACCUUCAACCAAUUACAAGUGAAGAAAUCAAAACUGAUUCUCAAUUGCCGAAUCGGCGGAACAUGAUUAAAAAGCCAGAACUGAGGGUGCCAAUCUUAAACAAACAAAAGUGGCCCUCUAGAGAACGCCUUGGAUUAGACGAGUCACAGAUGAGAGCUCUACAAAAUGCGCUCACACGAGAAUUUGCACUUAUACAAGGUCCUCCGGGAACGGGAAAAACGUAUAUUGGCCUCAAAAUAGCAAAGGCGCUUCUGCAUAAUAAUGCAAUAUGGGCUGGCUCGAGUGCAAAUGCAUCAAUCACCCGCAGCCCAAUGGUCAUUGUAUGUUACACAAAUCACGCAUUAGAUCAAUUUCUUGAGGGAAUAAAAAGCUUUCACAGAGACAACAUUUUGCGAAUGGGAGGUCGCUCGUCUAGCGAAUUGCUGAUUGAAGACACAUUGAGAAAACGAAAGAGACAGAGAUGGCCACUGAGAUCGGCAGUUGGCAAGAUGCAAAGUCUUCAAACAGACGCUAGGUUCGCCAUUCAAGAACUUCAGUCCACAUUGCUUGAAUUGACAUUGUCAAUAGAUGUUUACUUGCGAAACAUUAUUCAUGAAAAUUCAUUAAGCUCUGUAAUAGCGGAACAUCAUUUCAGACAAUUAAAGGAGUUUGGUAACGAAAGUGAGUCUGCUAUAGUAAGUUGGCUUGGCAUAGCUCAUAUGGAAACUCAAUGUCGGCAAAGGGUGACUGGUACCGCACCUACAAAUGACGAAGAGAUGGUUAACCUUGUUGAUAUUUCAAAUGAAGUUAUUCAUCGAAAUCCGGCAUUAAUGUUGAAUGAUAUUCUCACAGAUGAUUUUAAAACAAUGCUGAAACGUGAGCAGGUCAUGAAGAAAUUACAAUCGAAUAAUGCAGCAUACCGGGUGAAUAACAAAAGGGAGCAAGAUUUAAAUAAAGAAUGUGAUACUCUGAAUGACACAAUCAAAAGACUACAACGUGAUCUGGAAAAGGUUGAACAAAUGUGGUUUCAAAAUGAAGUUGAAGAAACGAUGAUGAGACUACAACACGAACUAAACCAUUUAAAAAAGAGGGAGAAAAUGCUCCGACGAAAAAUUAGAGACGAAAAAAGAUUUCAAUCUGAAAUGAGAAAAGAUGUUCAAAAUUAUGUUCAGUCUGAUGAAAGGAUGGCACAAAAUGAGGUUGCAGUCAUACGCAAUAUAAGAACAUUAAAUUUUCUCGACAGAUGGAGGAUAUAUCGCUAUUGGAUACAAUGUGCGAUCGAUCAAAAUCUUGAACGCAUCGAUGAAAAGCGUGAUGAAUUCAAUGCUGCCGCUGAGAGGCUUCGAGAGGCCACACUGUUGGUAGACAUGGAGAUCAUGCGCAGUUCUGCUGUUGUUGGUAUGACUACAACGUGUGCAGCAAAGUACCUGCCAGCAUUGCGAGACAUCAAACCAAAAAUCGUCAUCGUAGAAGAGGCAGCAGAGGUUCUGGAAGCACACAUCAUUACAACCUUAAGCAAAGGAUGUGAACAUUUGAUAUUGAUUGGCGAUCACAAACAACUGCGUCCAAACCCUACAGUGUACAAAUUGGCUGUAAAAUAUAACCUUGACGUAUCUCUAUUUGAACGAAUGAUAAAAAAUGGAGUUCAAUAUGAUUGCCUAGAAUUACAGCACAGGAUGAGGUCGGACAUAGCCGACAUAGUUCGUCACAUAUACCCGCAACUCCGAGAUCACGCAGAUGUGCAUCAAUACGGAGAUGUAAAAGGUGUGGCGAAGAACAUGCAAUUCAUUAACCACGGUCAUCUUGAAGCCUUUGGUAAUGAAAUUAAAUCUUACUCGAACGCCUAUGAGGCAGAAUUUGCAACAAAAUUGUGCAAACAUUUACUGCUUCAAGGAUACAGUUCGUCACAGAUAACAGUUCUGACGACUUAUACUGGCCAGCUUUUAGCUUUACAAAAACAAAUGCCAAAAGCUGUGUUUGAAGGUGUCAGAGUAAAAGUAGUUGAUAACUACCAGGGCGAGGAAAACGAUAUAGUGAUUCUUUCGCUUGUGAGAAGUAGUACUGAAAAACGGAUUGGAUUUUUGAAAACGGAGAACCGUAUAUGUGUUGCACUUUCGCGAGCAAAAAUUGGAUUCUUUGUCAUUGGAAAUUUUGAUUUACUUUCAAAAUGUUCAAGGUUGUGGCAUGAUAUUUACACGGAAGUGCAUAACAAAGGCGCUCUUACCGACGGCAUUCUGUUAAAGAGGGAAAACCACCCAGAAGAGAAUGCAAUCAUGGCGAACGACCCGAAAUACUUUCUACAGGCCCCUUUAGGCUGUUGCAAUCGCGAUUGUCAUGCAAGACUAGACUGCGGUCAUCGAUGUGUGCAAAAGUGCCAUGUUAUUGAUCCCGAUCACGAGCAAUAUAGAUGUAUGAAGAUGUGCAGUUUAACGUGUGAACAAAACCAUCCAUGUAAGGCGAGAUGCUAUGAGAAAUGUCCAAACUGCAUAGUUCGCAUUGAAAAGGUCAUUCCAUUGUGCAAUCAUACACAAAAGGUACCAUGUAGCCUUGACCCAGCGAAAUUCUCGUGUGGUUACAAACCUUGUCCGGCAAAACUACGGUGUGGUCAUCCCUGUCCAAACACAUGUGGGGAAAGGCAUGAAGCAAAGUGUAAGGUAAUGGUCAGAAAAUCAUUCGAGUGUGGACAUUCCGCAGAAGUGAAAUGUUGCGAUACUUUAACAGUUAAAUGUCCACAUCCAUGUCAGGCACUGCUAAAAUGUGAGCACAGAUGCAGUGGUACAUGCGGCUCGUGUCUGAGGAGAAGAUUCCACAAUCAGUGCAGUGUUGACUGCAAAAGGAUCCUCGUGUGUGGACACCAGUGCAAAUCAGCUUGCGAUGAUUGUCCCCCAUGCUCACGAAGGUGUGAAAACCGUUGUUCGCAUAGCUGUUGUAGCAAACCUUGCGGUGUUCCAUGUCAGCCAUGCAAAGAACAAUGUCUUUGGAAAUGUAAACAUUACAAAUGCACGAAACUCUGCAGCGAACCAUGCAACAGACCCCCGUGCAAUGAACCGUGUCAGAAGUCACUUCAAUGCAAGCACCCGUGUAUAGGUUUGUGUGGGGAGCCGUGUCCGAAACAGUGUAGAAUAUGCGACGAGCAGGAAGUAACUGAACUUCUGUUUGGAAGCGAAGAUGAGCCCGAUUCCAGAUUUGUGUCCUUGAAUGACUGUGGACAUAUAGUUGAACACAAGGCACUUGACAAAUAUAUGUUGAUGACAGAUGAUUCUAAUAUCAUCAAUUUUAAGGGAUGCCCAAAAUGCAAAACGCCAAUUCGGAAGUGCGUCAGGUACGGAAACUACAUAAAUGAAUGCCUUAGAAACAUAGAAUCGGUAAAAGAACGUGUUAUAGGUGAUAAAGAAAAAAUGACAACUCUGUCCAAAGAACUAUCCCAAAACUUGAUGAGGGAGGAUGAGAAAAGGAAAACAUCGAGGGCCUUGAAUGGAAAACCAUGCUUUCCUCCAACAACUAGGGGACGUGUCAUGGAAACGUUAAACGAACGUUUGCUGGAACUCAAACCCGGUAGAAAUACUGUAGCGUGUGUACAACAGCUGCAAACGUUAACAGAGCAAUACAAACUCACGGUGUCCAUUUUCAAUCUCAUGCAAAAAUUCGAUGACCUGAAUUUGCCUGCAAACCGCCGCUCACUUGAUAAUGCAGAGAUGAAGAAAAGUGUUCAAGUUAUGACUGCCUUUCUCGAUGAGAUACUAGAAAAGGUCAUGCUACGUAGAUUGUUUCUCAGUGAACAGGAAACAGAAGAUUUUGAAAGAGAGCGUUAUCGCUGUAGUUUGUAUUGUAAAUUACUAACAAAAGAAAAUACGCUCACAAGUAAACAAAAGAUUGAAGGGGAGAAGUACAUUUCAGAGAUAAAAGCCAUCCUACUCAGCAAAGAUAUUUUCAGCGAAACCAUGAAAGAAAAAGUGGAGGAAACUAGUAAGCUUCUGAACGACGUGCUGAAAGUCGAUGGUUUGGAUUUAACGGAAGAAGAAAGAGUUUCCAUCGUGUCUGCCGUGGGUCUGUCCAAAGGUCAUUGGUUCAAAUGUCCAAGCGGUCACGUGUACUGUAUUGGCGAGUGCGGUGGGGCGAAUCAGAAGUCAACAUGUCCCGAAUGCGGAGUUGAAAUAGGCGGCGAGAGGCACCAACUGACGACCGGAAACACCAUUGCACCGGAAAUGGAUGGAGCGCGUUUUGCUGCGUAUUCUGAGGAAGCUAACAACCUUGCCAAUUUCAACCUAAUUGACCUUAACUAAAUAAGGUACGCGAGAACAGAACAUGCGUUUAUAAGAUUGGUGAUAAUUUAGGGUUGAUAUUUCAGUCAAUGGAGAUAUUCACAAUUGUUUGCCAGACUGUCUUACAGUUUCAAAGACGGAUGUUGAAAUUCAAUGAACUCCACUAGACUUCAUUAUUUCGAGUUGCUUGUUUUGUCUCAAACUUUGCCUCUUCUUCGUGUUGUGAAUGGAACAAUUAAGUGUAGAUAAGUGUUCUGCAUUUUAAACCAUUUGGCAAGAUGUAUAUUCUUAGUCGUUUCAUUUUGUAUACUUAAUCGCUCGCAAAUAUGAUUUAUCUUAAUGUUCAUAGCCAUACUAUCAAACAGAAUUUCUGUGUCUUUCUAUGUGACCUUUGCGUCCCAAUUGUUCAGUUUGGUUAAACUUGAGUCUCUAAAUGUAUGUUAAUGUUUUGAUAAUGUGCUUGUCCUUGUAGUUUCCAAUGCGUUUUAUUUGUAAAUUUGUUGAUGAAACUUAAAUGUUGAACCUCAGCUAGGUAUUGAAGGUAUUUAGAUUGAUGUAAUUCCUUUUUAUCAAAUAUAAUCGAACAAUAUAGUGAUGUUUAAUAGUAUUGAAUGUUUAUAAUAGUAAAUUGACUGUAUGUAAAAGAUUUUGUUAAACGCGUUGUGUAUGUUGUAUACAUGUUGUACCGAUUUUUUGUAAAUAAGUAAUUAUUGUAUGAAUUUUUAAUAUUGCCAUGUAAAUGCGUUAGUGUUGCCAUUUUGUUGUUAUUUGUCCGUUGUUUAUUAAAACAAAAUUGUUAAUUUUUUCAUAUAAGUCAUGUUUUUGUUUGUUUUGUUUUUUACCUGUAUGCUUAAUUAAGUGUAAUUAACAUUUGUUCAUUAAGAAUAUGUUGAUUUUCCUCUGGAAUAUUAGUAAUUGUAUCGUGUUCGAGGUGAAUUUCGUCAUUAUGUGAUUUGAGAACAUAAUAGAUAUAAAGGGGAUAACUGUUUAUUUCUGAGUAUGAUGACAAUAUGCCCAAAAUGCAUAUAAUAAAGGUAUAUGGCUACUGGAUUUAUGUGCAGUUUGUUCCUGAUACAAGACAGGUUAAGAGGGAUAAGUACAUGACUGUAUGUUAAUUAUUUAAUUAAACGCGUUGUGUUUGUUUUAUGCAUGUUGUAGCGAGUUGAACCGAUGUUUUGUAAAUACGUUAUUAUGUAUGAAUUUUUAAAAGUGUCAAGUUAGCGCAUUAUUGUUGCCAUUUUAUUGUUAUUUGUCCGUUAUAUAUUCUAACAAUUGUUAAGUUUUUCAUAUUAGUCAAAUGACGUGUUUUGUAUUACCUGUAUGCUUUUUUAAGUGUAACUAACAUUUGUUUAUUAAGAUUAUGUUUUUAUCGCGUUCGUGGAGUAUUUCGUCAUUGUGUGAUUUGAGAACAUAAAGUAUAAAGAGGAUUACUGUUUAUUUCAGAGUGAGAUGACAAUAUGCUUCACCGAGUUAGCACGAAAAGUUAUAUGUCUCGAGUCGCUUAACUAAAAUAUAUUUAAUUGCAUUUUGCUCGUAAAACACGCCAAAAUGCGUCCACACGUAACGUCAUUCUUGAUAAUGUUAUAUUGUGUAUAAGCCCUAUUCGUGCUGGCGUUUGAUUUGGAUAGCAGAACAGGUUUAAAAUCAACAGAGUGAAAUAUAUCAAAGUGAUAUUUUCACGCUUUGAAACUGUGAAUAUCAUUUUGUUUCACUAAUACAUUUGUAUAAACGACCGAAAUGCAUAUAAUGAAGAUGUAUGGCUACUGGAUUUGUCUGUGUAGAUUCUGUAACGUUAUUCCUGAUAUAAGAGAGGUUUCGAAACAGGACAUGUACUCGGAAGUGUAACUACAUGUGCAAGUUGCAGUUAAGGUUCAGAAAACGUCUGCCAAAUUUCACUUGAAAAUUGGUCUUGAAGGCAGCUGUCAAAAGUCAUUUUAAACUUUUGUUUUCCUAAAUGUCAUCGUACGUGUAAACUAAGAAUGGAUGAACUAGUUUUAAAAAAUGCCCACAUGCACACGUUCCCGUACAAGUAUUGUUCGCAACCUCUCAAUUAUACCUUUGUAGAAGAUGUUACAAUAGUUUCUACAACAAUGAUCUAUUGUUCAAUCAAAAUUUAAUAUAGGGCAGUACAUAGGUUUUACUUGCAUAUGAUAUGAACUCAUGAUGGUAUCUGAAAAAACCUUGUCGACUAUGCAUUUUAAUUAGUUAAUAUAUGUUUGUUUUUAUUGUACCAUUGUAUCUGGUUUUGAAAAUGAUUUUUCGAAUCCAAAGAUAAUAUGUUAUUGUUUCCUUCAUUUGAUGAUCUAAGUAAUGAUGCACAUUGCUUUCAAGAUUUUUACUAAACUUUUGAUUUUAAACAUAUCCCAACAAUGUGUAUGUACAAUGAAUAAAAUAAUGAUGAAU